GCCCCCCGUCCGCCCCACCCCUAUCAAGGCCCGGCGUCCUUGCUAUUGGUUCCUUUUCCUGCGCCGUCGGUUGCCGUAGAGACCAAGGCUAUGGCAACCAGGAGAAGCCAAACUUGGUCGCCCCUCCCUAUGUGCAGAGGGGUCAGAAGCGUGCAGCCAUACUCGGCGCCGCGCUCAUGGCGCUUUACGAGCUCUUCUCUCACCCAACCGAGCGCGGCUACCGCGCGGGGCUCUGCUCCAAGGCCGCGCUGUUCCUGCUGCUGGCCACCGCGCUUACGUACAUCCCGCCGCUGCUAGUGGCCUUCCGGAGCCACGGGUUUUGGCUGAAGCGGAGCAACUACGAGGAGCAGCCGACCGUGCGCUUCCAGCACCAGGUGCUGCUCGUGGUCCUGCUGGGACCGGAGCGCGGCGGGUUCCUCGCCUGGAGCACGUUCCCCGCCUUCAACCGUCUGCAGGGGGAUCACCUGCGUGUCCCGCUCGUUUCGGCUAGAGAAGAAGACAGGAACCAGGAUGGGAAAAUGGACAUGUUACAUUUUAAACUGGAGCUUCCCCUGCAGUCCACAGAGGAUGUUCUUGGUGUGCAGCUCAUCUUGACUUUCUCCUACCAGUUGCACAGGAUGUCGACAUUCGUGAUGCAGAGCAUGGCGUUUCUCCAAUCCUCCUUCGCUAUUCCGGGGUCCCAAUUAUAUGUGAACGGAGACCUGAGGCUGCAGCAGAAGCAGCCCCUAAGCUACAGUGGCCUAGAUGUUCGAUACAAUGUGUCUGUCAUCAACGGGACCAGUCCUUUCGCCCGUGACUACGACCUCACCCACAUCAUUGCUGCCUAUCAGGAACGGAAUGUAACCACCAUCCUGAAUGACCUCAACCCCAUCUGGCUGGUGGGAAGGGCUGCUGAAGCUCCAUUUGUGAUUAAUGCUGUCAUCCGAUACCCCGUGGAAGUCAUCUCUUAUCUACCAGGAUUCUGGGAAAUGAUCAAGUUUGCUUGGAUCCAGUAUGUCAGUAUCCUGCUUAUCUUCCUCUGGGUGUUUGAAAGAAUCAAAAGAUUUGUGUUUCAGAAUCAAGUGGUCACCACGAUCCCUGUCACAGUGAUGCCCCAGGGAGAACUGUAUAAGGAGCACUUAUCGUAAGAAGGCCAUUUCUGAAAACUCUAAGCAGGACGCUGGCUACCUCACUGUUGGCUUCUGAGAACUGCCGUCUUAUGACAUUUCUGUAAAGAGCCCAUGGACACGUGUCAGCAUGUGCACUUUUCCUGUCAGGGACAAAAACAAUUCUAAUUUUUCUCUACACAAAUUCCACGUCUUAUAAGUGCCUACCAAAAUUGUCAGGGACUAGUUUGGAAAGGUCUGAGGGUUCAUGCAGGCUAUAAUUUGCCCUUUCUUUUUUUUCUUCUUCUGUUUUUUUGGCCUUAGACUUGAAUUUCAGGAGAAAACUAGAAUUUCAAGAGAAAACUAGUCAGUUUUGACAUGUUGGAAAGAGUCCUAUCUUGUCAAGCAAAGACUUUUCCUUUCUUGAACUGAGAAACACGCUAUGCAUUUCUUCCUCCUAUUGUAACUCACUUUGUACUCUUUUCAGGGCUCUCUUGUGACAGAUAUGCAAAUCACUAGCAGUUUCCACUCCUGGGCAUCUACAUUUCCCAUUCAGGACUUUUAUUUCCAGAACUGAGAGGCCUUUAACAGGAGAAUUGGAGAGAGGGGGAGAGGAGAGAGUACGGGUGCUCCAAAACACGUGUGUGCACGUGAGGGUGGGCAACUUGAGGACACUGGGACCAUCCACCUGUCCUCAGUCUAACAGACAUCGUCUGUCGUCAGCUCAGCUGAACAGCCCUUUAUCCUGCCCUGCUGUGGCUGGCGCUUUGCCCUGCCUUUGCCCUCUGUCUCUGCCCCUAGAAUAGCAGACCGAAAUCAGAAGUGCUGUUUCAUUCCCAAUCCCCUUAGCAGCAGUGGGGGAAGUAAAGAUUGUAACAACAGGUUCUCUCUGGCCCUCACCAAAUAGCCUGGACACUUGCUACUCCUCCAUGGCAGCCCUCCCCCUUCCUGAAAAGGACAUGGACGACAGAGGACCUGUUGUUGGUAUUAGCUCCCACUGCCCGACAACCACAGAGUUUAUUUGGAGGGCUAGUGGGAAGGCCCAGCUACUUGUAUUUCCCUUGACUAAGGAACAGGGUGUCCAUGAGAGCAGACAGCUUUGGGGAAGACACACAAGGAGCAGGGAGGGGAGAAAGGAUGCUAGCCCGGUCAGCCCGAUCCAGCCUGGCCAUUAGAUGACAAGCAGUCCAGCCAGAUGACCCUCAUGACUCAGUGUCUGCAGGAGAAGAGUGCUGGAGCAGGGCUCGAUUGCACACAGAAGACUGAUUCUCUGUUCUUGUCCUGAGGAAACAUGCAGUUUUCUCAGAGGACAGAUGGAUCUGCUUUAUGACUCAGAGAUGUCACUGGCACUGGAAGGACAUGCCUGCUGUGAUCCCUUCUUGCCCAUUCACAAACAUACUGUCCAAUGUGUGCCUCAGUUUACCUCGGAGAUUCAGUUCUUAUUUCCAAAGCACCUUUUCUUUCAGGCUGACCAAAAUAAGAGUUUUGGAAACAGAGGUAUUUUAAAGUUAUUCAAUCACAUAAAUAUCCUAACACUGGCCCCUCUGCCUUUCCUUGAAAAAAUUUAGGGCUGUUUAACAUGCCUUUUUUUUUUUUUUUUUGAGAUUUAAAUGAAAAAUGGUUGCUGGAUUUUCUGGAUUACAAAAGAUGAUGAGACAUGGAAAGACAGCUAACGAUGUGUAUAAACAUUACUUGGCGUUUUAUUAAAUUAUUUUAAUGCAAAAUUUGUAUAAAGAACCAUUAUGUUUUGUAACUUUCU